AUGAACCCAACAGCUGUUAAAUUGGCAACUGCCGCUAAAUCACAAUGGACCUAUGUCCCCAUGAUUAAAUUUUUAGGUCCAAAGAUUCACUAUGAUUCUUCUUCCAAGGAAAUCAAACCACAUCCAUUCAGUGCUGGAUUACUACCCACUUCAAAAGACCUGAUUUCGGUUCCUGAAUUCUUAUCUAAGCAAAGGCCAUUUAAAGUUGUUCCGUAUGAAAAAAAGACUGCAACUGUUAAGACCACUAGUAAAACUGACAAACAGACUACAUUCACAAACAGGCCAUUGCAAGAUGGUGAAGUUUCUUCCAUUAAUAAUCUACCCUUACAGUAUAGAUUCAAACCGAUUGAACCUCUUGAAAUGGACAUUAUUGAGGGUGGUGGUGUUGAGUUGUGA